AUGGUUACACACAAAUCAAAGACCAAAGAAACAGUACCAUGUGAUUUCUGCAGCGAACAAACAGCAGUUCUCUACUGCCGGGCUGACUCAGCGAAACUUUGUUUAUUCUGCGACCAACAUGUCCACUCCGCGAACCUCCUCUCACGCAAGCAUUUCCGCUCACAGAUCUGCGACAACUGCAGCUCGGAGCCGGUUUCUGUCCUCUGCGCAACUGAUAAUUUGGUACUUUGUCAAGAGUGUGAUUGGGAUGCUCACGGUAGUUGUUCUGUGUCCGCUUCACACGAUCGUUCUACCAUUGAAGGGUUUUCCGGUUGUCCCUCAGCCCUUGAUUUGGCUUCCAUAUGGGGUUUUGAUUUGGAAGAGAAGAAACCAGCGCCGUUGAUUGAAAAUUGGAGUAAUAAUAGUUGCGGGGUGAUUCAUGAUCUGGUAAAUGAGCCUUGGGCUUAUAAUAAAUCUAGUGGUGAUUUUAUUUUUCAAGAUUUGAUGGUGCCUAAUGAAAACAAUAAUAAUGGUAAUGGGAAUAUUGACAAUGUUAUGGGUUUUGGAAACGUGAGCAAGAGUCCAUGUUGUGGGAAAUAUAAGCAUGUGAUAUAUAAGCAGUUGGUAGAGUUGUUUAAAAGGGAUUUGAUGGGUGGUGGUGGAGACAGCGAGGGUUGUGAUUUUCGGGUUGGUGAUGGUGGAGGAGGAGAGAAUUUGGUGCCGGAGGCUGCAGGGUAG